CACUGCAUACAAUUGAUUUCGGCAUUUUUCAAUUCGGCAUCAUCGACAGUUUACGAAAUACGUUUCUUCGUGUACAAAAAGUUUUUCCGAGAAAGUAUAAAUUAAUUUUUCUACUAAAAUAAGCAACAAAAUGGAGCGUGUAUAUGUUGGAAAUUUACCACCAGAUAUUCGUAUUAAAGAUAUCGAUGAUUUCUUUAGAGCAUUUGGUAAACUUGUCUAUAUUGAUGUGAACCAUCGAGCAAAUCCGGUGUAUGCAUUGGUGCAAUUUGACAGUGCAAGAAAUGCUUUCAAUGCGGUUAAAGCUAGACAUGGCUAUGACUACGAAGGUUAUACUUUACAAUUGCGUUUGAUAGAAAAUGAGGUUAGAAAACGCCGAGACGCUACACCACCACCGCCACCACCACCUAUGUUUAGCGGCAAUUUUGGUUCGCAAAAUAAUCGUGGUGGUUCUAAUAACAAUAAUGGCUAUAACAAUAAUCGUAUGGGUGGCAAUUUUAACAACAACUCUAAUUCAUACCAAUCCAGUUCCAACAACGCUCAAUGGUCGAAUAUGUCCCAAGGUAUGCAACAACAAAACAAUCGUGUUAAUAUGCCUCAGCAAAAUAUGAUGAAUUACCAAACAAAUAAUCGUUCCAAUAAUAUAGAACAACAAAAUAUGAUGCCGUUUUCUUUUGGUAAUGGUGGUGGUAGUGGUCGUUCCAAUAUGCCGCAAAAUACAAAUAAUAAUCGUUCAAAUAUGCAACAACAACAAUUUUCCAACUCAAACCGUUCAAAUAUGCAGCAACAGUAUUCCAACACCUCAAAUCGUUCAAAUAUACAGCAACAGCAUUAUUCAAACUUAAAUCGUUCGAAUAUGCAACAACAAAAUAUGAAUAAUUACUCAAAUAUGUCUCAACAAAAUAUGAUGAAUUAUUCGAAUACAAAUUAUUCUGAUUUUUCGCAACAACAGCAGCAAAAUAUGAAUAUGAUGGACUAUUCUAAUAAUAGCUCUUGGAAUAGUGGUAACAAUAAUAUGAUGAAUAAUAUGGAUUGGAAUGCUGGCAAUAAUAAUAUGAGUGGCGGCAAUAAUAUUAACCCACCUAACAACUAUAACUACAAUUCCAAUAAUGAUCCUUACGCCCGUCCAGGUUUUGAGGAUAAUUUUACUCGUGGUCUUAGUGGUUCUGGUCGUAAAUGGUUUAAUCGUUAUAUACGUAAAGGUUUCUCACCUGAACUGGCACGUGCCAAAGCCUUGGAACAUCGCGCCCAACCAUAUCCAAGAGAUAAUGUCAAUAAUAACAAUAAUAAUGUGGUUAAUCCAAUUCCUAAUGAUCCUACAAAUGUUGCAUUGGAGACUAUUGGUAAUACACUUCUUUCAUUGUUGUCCACUACUCCAGCUGACAAUUUCAACAAUGGCAAUCAAAUGAUGAAUUGGGGUGGUGAUAACUUCCAACCGGGCUUUAACAACAGUAAUGUUGGUAAUUUUGAUAUGCCUGGUCCAAGUUCAUCUAUAGGAAACAUGAUGUCACAGAGCCCAGUUAGAGGUCAAAUACCACGUAAUCGCGUCUCCAGACAGACUUAUCUUAGAUCGUUGGAUAUUUUGAAACGACUUAGAGGCAAACGAGAACUUAGUGCCAAAGAUAGACUUUCGAAAAAAUAUCAUACACAAAUCGUUAAAGAUUAUGAACAGUAUGAAAAGGCUAUGAAGACAUCAUCAAAUCCCAGAAACGAUAGACAAAUUACCACUAAAGCUGCCGAGGGAAAAUCUUAUACAGAAUUGUCGAUUGCAUUGAGAAAGAAAAAACAACAGUUAUUCCUAGCAGCCAAGCGUUUGGGUAUUGAUACGAAUAAGCGUUUUGGUGGAGCCUAUAAGAAACGUAUUCGAAUUUUAAUGAAUGAAUGUGGUUUUGAAGAUCUUGAAGCUAAGGCUUUAGCUGUUCAUCCCCUUGAAAAACUGCAGCCAUUAAUGGAUUUAAAGGCUGAAUGUGAUAACGCCUUGAAAAAGAAGCAGGAAUCAUUUUCGGUCGUUAAGAAAAUUCCCAAUAAAGGUUCAAAGAUUGAGGCAUAUCGCCGCGAUAUCAACUUCUUGAAAAAACACGAGAAACUAAAGUUUGAGAGUUUAAGUCCUCGCCUUAAGUCGGCUAUACGUACUUGCUUGAUUAGAAUACAUAAGCAUGAAAAAGAAGCCAGAAAGCCCUUAACUAAAACAAAGUUUGUCAAAUUGUUGCCCAGAAAAACGGGCACAACAACUAGUAAUACAAAGAAAACUACUGGGCCAAGUAAAGCGAAAGCUACUACUGCUGCUGCUGCCACAAACACUAAAAAGAAUGUAGAGAAAAAGGAUAACGCCACUGAGGAUAAACAAAAAACAAAUACCACAGAAAAACCUGAAGAAAGUAAAAAGGUUAAUGCUGAAAGUGGCAAUAAACAAGAAACGGCAGAGAAAAAAGAAAAUUAAGAAGAAUAGCAAAUUUAUUAAGAUUACCUUACUUUAAAGGGUAAUAGAAAAAUUUGAAUUAUAAUACAUUAUCUCAGCAUUAUAUAUUCUUAAAUUUUUGGAUUUAUUGAUUUUAAAAUUACACACCAUUUUAUAUGUAUGAUUGUUUAUUUACAUAAAUUAAUUAUAAAAAACCAACCAACAACCCCACACAUAUUUCAAUAAAUCAUAAAAAUAAUUAAGUAAA